AUGAACCUGGGCAGGUGUUGCAGAGCCAUGGAAAGUAUUUUCCAACGAACCGCUUCUCCUACUGAGCUGGCUUCCGAGCUGUCUAAGAGCAGCUCCCCCGAAGAGCUCGCGAGCUUCUUACGGGAUGCAAGCCUCGAAGACUUGUAUCGUGCUCUGGAGCCGUUAACAUACAGACAAGGCAGUCGUGCCUCAGCUUCUAUUUUGGAUGCGCGGGCAUCUGCUCGCAGCAGGCUGGACGACCUUUGUAAGGACGUGGCUGCCUUUGCAGCUGCGGAAAGCAAUGUGCACUGGAUCGAAGCCUUGCUGGCUUUCGCUUUGCCGCUUCUCGUUGAUGCACUGCCGAAAGACCGACGUGGAACAAGUGUUGUACCUCACCCGCAUCCCCUGCAAAAGCAGGUUAUGCCAGACUCUGCUCAGGCAAUGACUAUUUCCGGCCAGAUGUAUUUUGAGACGAAUCGUGCGUGUGACAACUGUGAUGCACAUAUCCAGGACAGAGAGUUCUGGCACUGCCAGGAUGGAUGCGAUGUUGAUUUCUGCAAGAAAUGCUACGAGCAGCUCGAGUCGCUCUUUGCGAAUCGAGACGUACAGCAUUCCCUCUGGGUGGUCCAGUUCGUAUGGUUUGUCUCGCACCAAAUCCUUUCGACGUCUCCAACCGAGCGAGAAAUAGUUUUGAGAGACCUCGCCUUCCAAUGGCCAAUCCACAUGUUCCAGCAGCUGGUGAAGGCUGUAGUGGAUGUUGCGGAUGCCAGUGUUGUGCAUGUGGAGGACAUUAAGAACAUAGCUGGCGGGACUGGUUUCUGGCACACCAUUGGCUUCCUGCGGAUUUUAGAGGCUGCCAACAGGCUUCCUCUUGCAGAGCAUCGGCUGGGUGAAAUCUACUCGGAGGGUGCGCGGAUUCCAGAAGCUUCGAGUUUCAUACUUCAAGGUAUUGACAAAUGCAGCGCAAUUUCAGAUUGGCACAGAUGGCACAAAACGCUGGACUCACAAGAGGAGGAGUGUAGCGACGUUCUUCUCAUGCAUCCUUUCAAGAUCAAUGCUCGAUUCACCUGCUUUCUCACCCACGCCUGCCUGGUUCCCGAAACUUUCCGACGCCAGUGUGCCAUCUUCGAUGUUCGAAGCGCCACCACAAGCUUGCGAGCUGUGAAGACUUAUCGACUGCUGAAAGUGAAGCGUGAGCCAGCAACGGAGCUGCUUGCCGGCGUGGUAGCAGCCUUGGGAACUGAGUUCUUUGAAGGUUGCGAGGUGCGUUUGGAGGGCCUCGGUGCUCAGCCUCAACUAAACGGCCAUCUCGGCACUUUAAAGUCAUUUGACGCUUCAGCGGUCAGGUGGGCAGUUAAGCUAAAGAGUGGUGAGGAGAAAAAAGUUCGGCCACAGAACCUGGCACGCGUGCGCGAUGAGAAGACAAACAUAUUCCAUCACAUCGGGCACCUCUUUCAAGUGAGCUUUGUCGGUGAGCCGGCCAGUGGUCCUGGAGUCAACAAGGAAUUCAUUCGCCUGGCUUUCGUGUGUGCACUGCGGCAACUUCAUCCAUUUCAGCCGUGGCUGUACAACGAGGAGAACCGAACGCACUGGUUUAACAACUUCAACAACGACUUCAAGAUGCAAUCGCAUGAAGCUUGCGACGCUUGUGCAGCAUACCGGGCCACUGGCGCUUUACUCGGACAUGCAAUCGCCAACGACUGUUUCUUGCCCUCGGUAUUCCCCGUGGCAUUGUACAAUCUCUUAUUGCUAGCGAUGGGCUCCUCCUACGCGAGGCCCUGGUCUUUGGUGGACUUGGCGACCGUCGACUCUGCGAUCGCACGAAGUUUGGAGCACCUCGUCGAGUACGAAGGUGACGACAUCGACGAUCUCUUUGUGUUGAAUUGGCCCGACACUCGAAAGCUGACCAACAUGACAAAGGAGCUGCGAACGGGGUACGUUCGCGACUAUGUGCACUGGUUCUUCAAUGUGCGAUGUGAGGAGCAACAGAAGGCAUUUUGCACUGGCUUCUGCGAAGUCGCAGGUCUGUCGCAGAUGAUUCGGCAGCAUGUUGGCCUAGAGCAGCUAGAACAUCUCCUCUGUGGCAUCGAGCAAGCCGUGAACGUGUCGGCUGUGAGAGAAGGAGCUAUCGUGCUGGGAUGGGAGCCCCACGAGGAAGCCUACCUUGCAGCUUUCUGGGACAUUCUCGAGGGCUUCAGCGCAGAUGAGCUGGACAAUUUUGCUGUCUUCGUAUCUGCGAGCUCGAGGAUGCCCGCGAAGGGCUGGUGUGACCUGAAGUUGCAGAUCCAGAAGAAUGGGACUGGAGACGAGAGGUUGCCAACAGCGUACACUUGCUUUCACACGCUUUUGCUACCCUUAUAUUCAUCUCCGAAAGUACUUCAAGAGCGGCUUUUGCAGGCCGUGACAGAGACGCAGGGCUCAGAGUAUCUGGAGCCACCUGCUGCCCUGGCUCAAACCUGUCCGUUGCAGCGGACGGCUGCAGAGGAUUCCAAAAUCGACUCGUCUCCAAGUUCUCAUCGUUUGCGCGCAGUGUUGGUCACGAAGGCGUUGCUCAGCUACCAUGCAGCAGUGAGGCUUGCGCAGUCGCCGAUGACGGCAGAUACUUCUGGACUGCGGACGGAGCUGAAACAUGUUCCGACCGGUGCCAGGUGGACAGCAAAAAGCUGUUGCCAUCCUAUUCGUGUUCGCCAAAUGAUGUUGCGAUCUGUCCGGGCUUUGAGAUCUGCCACACUCUGUGCAGAGGAUACCGAUGGCUCUGCUCCGCCGCCGCUGCCAUGCAGAUUUCAGCUGCUCUUGGCCUCGGCCUUCGAAUUUCUCGCAGACACUUUCCUGGCAGAGGAUGAGUACGGCGACGUGGAUCUGGAUCUGUCCAGAACGCUGAGCGCAGUGCGAUGCGACACUUGCAGAGAAGCCGGCAGCAUCUGGCAGAGUGCUCCCGGCCUCCGUGCUUACACAUGGCAAGACUCGAAGGAGACACAGGCUUCCAGUUCUGGCUCCUUCCCGAACACUUAUGAAGGCUCAGGCAUCAGGUCUGGACAGAUCUUCACCAAGCGCUUGCAGCAGACACCCAAGCUUGGGCCUGGUGAAGUCAUGGUACCUGUAUCCAUGGCAGACCAGCUGUCAGAUCUUAUAGCAAUGCUUUCUGCGAACAAGAUGCUACAGCCCGAGCCGGUUCUUCCUCGUGAGAAGUGGCAUCGCUUGCUGAUGAUCUUGCUCGUCCGGCUCAAGGUGAAGCGUGCUCGCUCAAGCUGGCGGGAGAUGUUGCCGGCGCAGAUGUUGAUCUUGCUUUGGAAAGUGCUACAGAAGGCUUUGCCACCUGCAGAAGGCAGCAUCCUUGCAAACAUGGUGACAGAGCAGAACAUAGCGACCUGCACAUCCAACUUGCAACAGCAAGUCGAUGGAUUUCUCUCCAUCAUGGAUCUUCGCAGUGCAGGGGAGGUGUGGUAUCCUUCGCACUCUGCAGAAAGACUUGGGCAGGUUUAUGUCCAACAUGCGCUCGCGUAUGGAAAGCCUCUCCCAAGCUCCGUCAAGCCAGGCAUGCUUGGAUCUGCGAUGAAAGAGCUAGAUGCAGCGGAGGAUCUUGUGGUAAGGCCUCGCGCCGGACAGUCGCAGCGUGCAGGGGCUUACGAAUCCUCGCUGCUGGGUUCCAUCUGCAAGUGGAAGGCGGAUCUUCUGCAUGAGCUUGCUUCUUUGGUACUCCCGAGCAUUGCACUAGGCCAGGAGCUUGAUCCGGAGACCCGGAGCUACCUGGAGGCCCAGGUGAAGAGCAUGAACGAAUCUAUGCAGCCGCCAGCUACGCAAUGUGAGCGAUGGCUCCAGUCUACCGUGAGCCUCUGCCUCCGUUCUCUGCACCAGUUGGCUGCGGUGCCCAACGAGGUGGCAUCGGAGCUCCAGCUGCAGGUUCGUGGUCUGCUAGGUCGAGCGUACAGCAAGUUGGGCCGGCUCUACGCGAGCACUGGCCGCUUCACGAAGGCAAUGACACAUGCGAAGCAAGGCAUCGAGCUAUUCAACGCCACGAAGGACAAGCUUGAAGCGGCGAAGUUGCAGAUCUGGCUCUGCAGAUUGCAGUUGCGCAUGGCAGUGCCUCAGGCUGCUUCGUAUACUCGUUCGACCGACCUCCAUUUCCUGGACAAGGAUCCUGGCCUUCUCAGCGGUCUGUCAGCGGCUGCCCCGUCGGAAGACAUUACGUUGCAGCAGGUAGUCCAGCAACUUCAGAAAGCCUUAAGCGCCCUGGACAGCACAGCGGCCCCGGAGAACCAAGCUUGUUCCGAGGGCCAGGUCCUUCUUGGGAAGGUCUUCUUCCGCCAAGCCCUGGUGAGGCUCGCCAAGGCACCUGGACCCGCUCCGCUGAAGGCCUGCGGCCGGCUGGGCGAGGAGGCGUCGGAGGAUGCCAUAUUUGUCAGUGCACUUGACAUCUUGCAGUCCGAAGCCAAGCUGGGCCAAAGCGGCAAGGAGGACUCCACCGUGAAGGAAGCCAUGGAGCGACUGCAUCAGGCUGCUACAUGUUUUCGGUCGGCUGAUGCUCCUGUUCCUUGCUGCGCUGUCCAUGCCUGCCUUGCUUUCGUGUAUUUCUGCACUGCCGGUGCUGACUCCCGGCUUCAGAAGCUGGCAGUCACUCAUGCUCAGCAUUCGCUUGACCAGUGGACGGCUUCGCCUGUAGCUGAACGAAGCGAGGCUCUUGGAGUUGCGACGAAGCUGCUGGAAGCAAAGGCCGCUCGCCGUGCUGUACAAAAAGGACGGCCAGCCUGGGCUGGUGAUGCCAAAGCUGCGUCACUUCUCUGUGAAGUUGCCAUCUCGAGGCUGAGCUCGGGUCCGGAGCUGCCUAAGACGGGCGGCGACGGCGACGCUGUUUUCCAGGUCAGCGAGCCGAGCCCAGGUUCUCACAGCCGAGAGCAGAUGCGCAAUGCCUUGCUGUCUACGGGUGAGGACCAAGGAGCCUGCCUCAUGUACGUCAGGCAAGAGCUCAGCGCUGUUCUGCUGCGUUUGCUGAAAGCAUGCGACCAGGAGGAUGUCGGCCGCGAUCUGAAGGCGGCAUACUGUUCUUUACUCACCGCGUGGCACGAGGCUUCUGGCCAGGUCGAAGCUCUCACUGCGGUGGCGGCCCAGACCAGGAAGAUCGUUGCGCGUGACUUGCUGCCCUGA